AUGGGAACCACGGAGGCCACGCUGCGGAUGGAAAACGUGGAUGUGAAAGAAGAAUGGCAAGACGAGGACUUCCCCAGGCCUCUCCCAGAAGAGACAGGGAUGGAGUCACUGGGAAGCCCCACGGAAGAUGAGACCACGUCCUCUCCCCCCAACACACUGAAUUUUAACGGGGCCCAUCGGAAGAGGAAGACACUCGUUGCACCUGAAAUCAACAUUUCCCUGGACCAGAGCGAGGGCUCCAUCCUCUCUGAUGACUUCCUGGACACACCAGAUGACCUGGACAUUAAUGUGGAUGAUAUUGAAACUCCUGAUGAGACAGAUUCCCUCGAAUUCCUGGGGAAUGGGAAUGAGCUGGAAUGGGAAGAUGACACCCCCGUGGCCACGGCCAAGAACAUGCCCGGGGACAGUGCAGACCUGUUUGGGGACGGGGGGACCGAGGAUGGCAGUGCCACCAAUGGCCGGCUCUGGAGAACCGUCAUCAUCGGAGAGCAGGAGCACAGGAUCGACCUGCAGAUGAUCAAGCCCUACAUGAGGGUGGUGACACACGGAGGAUAUUACGGAGAGGGUCUCAAUGCCAUCAUUGUGUUUGCUGCCUGCUACCUCCCGGACAGCAACCUGGCUGAUUAUCACUACAUCAUGGAAAACCUCUUCCUGUACGUGAUCAGCAGCCUGGAGCUGCUGGUGGCCGAGGACUACAUGAUCGUGUACCUGAACGGGGCCACGCCCCGCAGGAGGAUGCCGGGCCUGGGCUGGCUGAAGAAAUGCUACCAGAUGAUUGACAGAAGGCUGAGGAAGAACCUCAAGGCCCUGAUCAUUGUGCACCCAUCGUGGUUCAUCCGGACUGUGCUGGCCAUCUCCAGACCCUUCAUCAGUGUGAAGUUUAUCAAUAAGAUCCAGUACGUCCACAGCCUGGAGGAACUGGAGCAGCUCAUCCCCAUGGAGCACGUGCAGAUCCCAGACUGUGUCCUGCAGUAUGAAGAAGAGAGAAUCAAGGCCAGGAAAGAAAGGGCAGAGGAGAAACAAGACAUGGCUGAGAGGGAAAGCAGGCCCGUGCCCCCAGCAGAGGAUCAGGAAACCAGGUACCAAGUGCCCAGGGCAGCACUGCCAGCUUCCAUCAUCGCCCGCUCCUCUCCUGGGACAGUGGAAGAUGAUGAAAGAGCCCUCCAGGUCUCUGUGGAGCUCAGGUUUAUUGCAGGUGGCACCUCCCUGCUGUCCUGAGCUCCCAGCUCUGUCUGGGGACAAAAGCAGCAGCCAGGAAUUCCCAAAUUUCCAAGGCAGAGCUGGGAUUCCUCACGCUGGGUGAAGGAAGGGCUUUGCUGAUUAAAUCCAUUUCACUUCUGACUCUGAACAAUCACAAAUCUCCUCGUGGACCCAGAAUCUGUGACUUCACUGAGAACACUUCAAGUAGAUUUUUACUUUUUUUUUUUUUUUUUUUUUUUUUUUUUUUUUUUUUUCCCAUUUGUUUUUAUGGAUUUAAAGGAAAACCAUCAGCUUUGCACCGAGGACGUGACCCAGGCUGAGCACUUCAGGGGAUGUUUGCAAUUAUACAGGGAAUAAAGCGAAUUAAAUGUUGAGCUAUGGGUUCAAAAUCCAACUCUAGAAAGAUUUUGUGCAUCAAAAACCGUUCAGAAAUACCGCUGUGAUGGAAAACAUGGAAGUGGGAGAUAAGGAAUCCCAAUCUCCUUUCAU